UGGUGGCGGUAAUGCACCGUGUUGUCCUACGAACGACACAGGAAGUCGUCGGUAGAAGAAGAGUAGUUUGACAUGGCGCGGGAAGACAGCAACAUGGAGGUCGGUGCAGAAGCAGACAGUCUCUUUCCGUCCACUUUAAAACUGUACGAGGCGCAGUUUUUCGGCUUCACCCCGCAGACCUGCAUGCUGCGGGUGUACAGCGUCUUCCAGGACUGCAUGUACGACAUCUUACCCGUGGUGGAGAAGGUGUGUGUGAGGCAGCUGAGUAAAGGCGAGUCGGACGCGGCGGAGGAGCUGCUCCGGACCCGGGCUCGGGAGUGCAGCCGCAAACUGCAGCAGUUCCUGGAGGAGCGCUUCAAGCAGCUGUUGGAGCGGAUGGAGGCGCUGCUGGUGAACCGCUGCUUCUCCGUACCGCCCAACGUGCUGCUGCCCGAAGACCAGGCCCACAACAAAUACCCCCAAGAGCUGCAGGACGUGCUGAGGCUGGAGUCGUCCCUGACAGACAUGCAGAGAGCCUAUGAAGCAGAGGUUUGUGCCAGACAAGCGCUGCUGGCCGAGCUGGAGGAGCAGAAGGAGGUGCAGAAGCAGCUGGAUGGGAUCCUGACUUGGGUCAGAGAGCUGCAGGCAGCCUGGGUGAAGGAAGGUAACGGCAACUUUGGUGAAAGUUUCCGACUGGUGAUGGAGUCGGUAAAGAACCUGCAGGAGGCCGUCGCAGAGGUCUACAAGAAAGCGCCUCACUGAACUGAACUCAUUUUGUUUUUAAUCUUGUAAGUGACAUUCCUCCAGAACUUUAAUAUUGUUGUUUUUCAUUCUCUUUUUUUUAAACAACAGCAGUGCAAUGUAAAUAAUAUAACCCAUGGAUGUAUUUGUGCCAGUUUAGCAGAUUGUUGUCCUUAAAGUCAAGUACUUUUGUCAUGUACCUCCUCUUAUUCUCAUCGCUGCUCCCUUAAAAACAAGACAUAAUAUUGUCAACUAAUUCAGUUCAGCACAAAGUUCAGCCUCAAAUAUUCAACUCUACCUUCUUAGCAAAAUGUAUUUGCUUAACUUUAUUUGUAACUGUAAGGUUUAAUUUAAUUGUUCUGGAUUGCAUUAGGUUGUUGACAUUGUUUCUACCAAACUGAACAGCAGUGAUGGACAGCAGAGGGCGCUCUUGACAUGUUACCUCAGCCAGUCAAAUCCACCCAUGCUGAAGUGAUGAGGCUUCAUGAUCAAUAUCUGACAAAAACAUUGUAGUUGUAAAAUGUAAAGUAGGCGACAUUGGUUUAAUUGUGCAUUUAGAAUUCUGGAUUAUUGAAAUUAGUAUGUCAAGUUGGUAAAAGUUGUUUAAAUAUUUUGAGUACUUCACUACACAAACAAGCCCCUACACUGCAGAAGGUCAAUUUGGGUUUUUAUGUUCAGAAGAAAAUUAUUCAUAGAUGUAAUCAUAAGCACUGUUUUGUAGUAUUUCCGUACUGUUGUCGCAGCUUAUGUGAUGCUUUUCUUUGCAUUUUACACUGUUGCACAAGACAGGACGUUGACGUAGGCAGUGGGAUACUACUUCUACUACUACUACCAGCAUUUGAUCCUGUUUCAUGACAUUUUUAGAGCAAAAACUACUCAUUUUUAAUUUAAGUAAAUGACAUAUUUAUCAAAAAUGGAAAUAAUUCUUAUUUGUAGUCUUAUAAGAAACCCAUGUUAAAUUUUAUAUGCAUCAGCAGAUACCAAUUAUUAAAAAAUUAUUCAUGUUUAUCAUUUUCAAUUUAUUCUAUGCUAUGUAAAAAGUGAACAUGUACAUGAACCAGUAGGGGGCAGCAAAUGCAUAUUGUAAUUUAACGUAACAUUUGGAUUCAUAAUAGUUUAUAUUUCUUUACUGUUACGUCUUUUUACACCAUAAAAAGAAUACAUGUGUUUCACCAUUACACGGAUCAGACUUUGCCCACGACUGCUCUUUAGAAUGAACAUUUAUCUGCCAUGUGAUGCAUUUGAAAACAUUAUCCCAACACAUUUGGAAGUGAAUGCUGCUCAGGAACUACAGUAGAGUCACAAUGGGUGCGGUAAUAUGGUUGAUCUGUGGAUAUCUCUGUAAAGCUCAGAUCUAUAAUCAGGCUGGUCAAAACACUUAGGAGAGAAAUGAAUUUUACUGAUGUGGAUUCAAAGGUCGAGGGGCUGUAACUGUGUCUGAAGUAAAGCUGCCAUCAUUAUAAUUUAAUUAAAGGUGAAAACUGCCAUCACGUUGGUCUGUGGUUCUGUAGCUGGAGCAGUGAUUCAUAUUGGUGAAGUUAGAUUCCAAGCCACAAAAAACAAUUGCAAUCGGGGAGAAACUGCAUAAACAACAACAGGUCCAGUGUAAAUAAUCAACAUUUGUUUUAACAUUCCUCUGUGUGUGUGUGUGCGCCACCUGCCUGUUGUGAUAGACUGGAGGAAUGGUCAGUCCAGAUGGAGAGGCGUGAGAACAAGUCAUUGUUUCUGUUUGUGUGUUUUUUAAUGUGGUAAUUAGUCCAGAAUGACUUCACUGGAAAAUAGAUGAUCUCACAGGCUG